AUGCUGCUACUUCCCUCCCUUGUCGCACGUCCUGCAACUUCCCGUCGCACGUCCCCCGCAAUUUCCGUCGCAUCAUGUUCCACGCUUCCCGUCCGUCCCCGCAGGAAGCGCAAGCCCGUGGCGCACGCGGGGAGUCGGUCGGUGGUGGCGGCGGACGGGUACUUCUGGCACAAGUACGGCCAGAAGAGCGUCAUGGACCGCGCCAUCACCAGGGCGUACUUCCGGUGUGCGCGGCACAGCAUGGGGUGCAUGGCGCGCAAGACCGUCGAUGUCCCCAUCGCUACAACCCCCGCCGCUACAGCCUCCGCUCCAUCGCUAUCCGCUGCUGCAGCCUCGCUCGCUACAGCCGAUGGUAGCGUCGCCAAGCCCUCUGACGCCGCCCCCCCCUCCAGUGCAGCAGCACUGCAACCGCAGGUGUCGUACCACGGGACACACAACCACACCCCGCCCGGCCCCUGCUCUCUCAGCCUCCCCAACUGCGCCGCCGCUGCCGCCUCAGCUGCAGCAGCAGAGGGGGACAUCCAGGUGCCUGUGUCUGCUUCGCCAGGCGCUGAUGGCGCCGACGGUGCUGCUACAGUGGUUCCCGUAAGCCGGACGGAUCACCAGAGAAGACCGGCGGUAGCGGAAUCAGCAGACGUGGCUGUUGGCAGUGGCACGGGUGCGGCCGAUGCGGCUUCUGCCGUGGCCCCGCUUGGCCUGACCCACCGCCUGAGCCUCAACUCCACUGUCUCUCUCGACCGCGUGCCGCUCUCACCCGCCUCCGCUGCCGCCCACCCCGCCCUCGCUCUCACCCUCGCCACGCCCACCACCGCUCACAAUCUCCCUGCAGCCGCACCAGGAGAUGCCCAGAGGCCCAGUACAGCGGAAGCAGCAGCGGCGGCGGAAGCAGGGGAUUCUGGGAGCUGCACGGACGAGCCGAUGACGGAGCAGUCGAAACAGAGCCCGGCAGGCACACGGGGGUCCAUGGAGGUGGGGUCCGUGCGCGCCGAGGACGAGGACCGCCUUGCGUGCUCAACCAGACCUGCCAGGUCACACUCGGUGGAGGCGCAACCAGAGGGGAAUGGCGACGCGGCACAGAGAGGGGGCAAUGGGGUGGGGCAUCAUGGAGAGGAACGAGGCUUGGCUGGUGCUUUGCGUCCUCAUCCUUCUGCUGCUGCUGCUGCUGCUGCUGCUGUUGCUGGGAGCCAUCCCUCUAUAUCGGCAGCGUUUGCUGCUGCCGCCAGUGCCGCUGCUUCUGGUCCCGCCUUCGCGCUCCCAUCCGCAGGCCCGGGAAACCUCUGGGCUAUGGCACCUCCUCCUGGCACCAGCGUCCCUGGUGCCAUUCCCCCUGGCGCCACCACCACCAGCAGUAGUUUCCAAGGCCUGCCUCUGCCUGCACUGCCCAUGCCCAUGCCCAUGCCCAUGCAGACACACCCAGCAACUGCCACCCAUCUUGCUUCCAUGGCUCACGCUUGGGGCCAUCACUCCCACCCCUCCCUCCCCUCUGCUGCUGCUGCAGUUCCUCUGUCCCCUCUUGGCCACCACUUGCCCUCUGGGAUGUUGUCCACCUCUAAGCCUCUCCUGCACCAUGCGCCAUCUGAGUUUGGGGAGAGCACAGGCCACCAUGGAGGAAGUGAUGUUGAUGAGUCAGCACGCCACCUGGCAUCGUCUGACUUUCUCUUUCCUCUUCCCCCGGGCCUCCCUUCGAAUACCUGCCGGUCCGCCGAUCCUCGUUGCGCUCCGGGAUCUUCACAGCGGCCCGAAGAUAAAUCGUCGCCGCUCUCUUUCCCGCCUGCCCAGCCGCCUCUCCCGCUCGCCUCUCUCGCGGAGUCUCCCGUAGGUGGCGCGUCCCAGCCAUUGUCGUUGGUUCGGCCCGAGCCUGCCACACCAAUGUUUCCCUUUGGUCCAUUCCAACCGCUGCGGUGCUCAAGAGGAGAGGGCGUUGCUUCCCGUGAACCCCUGGCGGAAACCCCGUCUCCCGGGGGAGGGGGAGAGGCAUGCGCGGAGAGGGGAGGCGCUAGCGUGAACCCGCUCGAGUCGGGGCUGCCCGCGUCGCAGCUGCAGCUUGUUCUGGUUGCGGGGGAUACGACAGCCCUUCCGCCUCCAGCGGAGGAGCCUUCCGCUUGGCCCUGGACGUGGCAGGAGCGCCUCCGCGCAGUCAAGCGCCGGCGGAUGGACGCGCGGGAAUGCGAGGAAGCGGCGCAAGGGGAAGCGAGGGGGUCUGGCGGAGCGCAGGAUUUGGGGAAGCUAGAGGCGGAAGCGGAGGAGGAGAGGCGGCGAAAGCAACGGCUCGGCAUUUUGAGCGGGAUGCGUCAGAUGCUGGACAGCCCUGGUUUCGCCGCUGCCCGCGGGCAGAAGAAGAGAAAACUCGUCGUCCGCCAAGGAGGCUUGAGGCACCGCCUGCCGACAAUGCGCGGCGCGUCGAGUGCGAGCGGCAGCGGCGACCAAUCGAGCGAGAACACUAACUUCGAGGAGCGCGCAACGGAAGCCGCCAGGGAGGCGGAAAACGCUCGCGCGGCAAAUGAUGUCGCAACACUUGCAGCGCACGACGCGGCGCAACUAACCGUUGGAGGCCGCGUGGGCGCGGCUGGCGGGGUAGAUACGGCCGCCGCGGCGCCGGUGCACGCGCGGGAGCUGGGCUCCAGUGUUGCGACCGUGCGCAGAGGCGGAAGCUCGUCGGGAAGAAACGGCAGAAGGAAUGGGGGCGGCGGACGGUGCGGAGAGUACGAGGUGGAGUCAACGCAGUGCGCGGCGGAGAAGGCGGAAGAGGGGACGGGGUUGGCGGAGAAGGCGGAGGAGGGACCGAACCUGGCGGAGCGCGGGGAGGCAGCGCAUCCGCCCGCGUCGCCCUGUUCGGAUGCGGAAGAGGCGGAACGAGCGGGGGAGAAGCGGAAGGCGCACGAGGCGCAGACUGCAGCGGACGGCGCUGCCGGCCGCGCCCACGUGCGCCGUCGCCAUGGCCUUCCCAGCCGCCUGGGAAAUCUUGCUGCUCCGCCAACCGCUGCUGCUCCCCUCGCUCCUCCCGCGCAGGCGCACCAUGGCAAUGCGCCACCCUCCAGCGCACUCCCCAGCGCGCCCUGCACAGCUCUCCCUUUCCCUCUCCUCUCCCCAGACACCCCCCACCGUUCCCGUCCCUCCUACCCUUCUAGACUGCCGCUACCGUCCCCGUUGCCAUUCCGAACCACCCCAGCACUGGCCGAGCCUCUGCAGGUUCGGCAGACCGGACAUCCCAGUGCUGCCGAGGCUGUGGCACCCGAAGCAGCAGCACUAGACUCUGCAUCGGCGGCGAUUGCAGCGAGUGUGGACUUCCCCCUGUGGGUGCGGCAGCUGCAGGCGUGCGCGGGGGUGGGCGAGGAGGGGCGCGCAUCUGAGUGCACGGGGGAAACACCCGGGUCCAUGCUGGAUGUGCCUCAGGUGCAGCCCGCGAUGGAAGGCAGCGACGCCAGCGGCGGCAGCGGUGGCAGUGGCAGCAGUGGGGAAGGGUGUGGUGGUGAGGAGGAGGACCAUGAGGCAGAGAGCCGGGGGGCCAGUGAAAAAGGAGCAGAGGAUGGGCCGGCAUUGGAGUGCACGGGAUAA